AUGGGCAACCAUAAGGAAAUUGGGCGGCGGCUGCCUGUUAGACUUGGCUUGAGCAGGCGAGGAGGGAGGCCGGCGGCGGGCGGGCGGGUGCGCGGGCAGGCGCGACGCUGCUGCCCCGCGGAGGCAAGGAGGCGAGGAGUGGCCGACGAGCCGAGUGGGACGCCGCGCCGACCGAGCUACCGAGCAGCGAGCAGGCGAGCCUCAGCCCUCAGCCCGUUAGUCGCCGAGGUCGACGUCCGUCCGAGAGGGCGAGGUCGCGUGGAGCCGCCGACCGGCCGACGGCGCCGUGGCACCGAAUCCCGAGUUCCCGAUGGCGGCGCCGGGUGCCGAAACCCCGAAUCCCGUCCCGGCGUCCCGACGGCUGACGACAAUGAGCUUCCGAGGAGGCGAGGUCUGCGGGCCUACGGUGGUGCGGGGCGGUGGUGGUGCGACUGUGCGAGGCGGUGGUCUCCGAGGCUCCACUGCCCUCGUGCUCCCCUUCCACGGUGCCGACAUGGAGCUCAGGUUCUUCCUAAGGUUUUAAAGUACAAGAAGAGCCAGAGGAAUGAACCAAAAGCCUUGAAGCCUGUUGCCGUAAUUGUCCGCUGCAGUUUAACAGCAUACAAGAAGUCUGACAUCCGAUUCGUCCAGUCAGACAAUAAUCUAUACUCUGGUUGUGGAGCUACGCGAUGCGAUUAGUAUUUAGAUCGACAUGGGUGAAUGAUAUUGUGUUUCAUUCACAGAAGAAUGUUUGUUUUAUCUCAAGUCACUUUUCUAAAAUUACUGAGUACAGAAUAUAAAGUCUAUAUCUCAUGUUGCUCAUAUCGCUUUUGCCCGAGCCAUAAUUUGUUUCUGGCCUCGCUUUUUGCUAUACUGGUCGAUUUCUUCUGUCAAUGUCUGGUCCACGUUUAACGGGGUGGUUUAUCGUGAUAUGAACAUGGAGGAAAUCGUCAUUAAAACUAUCGAAGAAAUUGCACAACACAGCUGGUCACUUGUAACACUCGCGUCCGUAAAUGUCCAUACCUGUGAGCAUAAAAGAAAAGCUUAGUGAUCAUAGUGAUCAAGCAAGACGUGAAAAUAUUCUCAGGACUAAAUCUUUUAGGGUAUACCUGAGAUUUUGUGGUUUGUUUCGUUGAUUUCAGGGUAUACCUGAGAUUUUGUGGCUUGUUUGCUUGUUUCGUUGAUUUCAAGUAACAUUACAGAUAUAGG